CUCGUUUUCAGCUAUCAAGCGACGUCACUUCCGGGAUGUAGGGGUGAGCAAAAUGACAGCUGGUUGUUUUCAUCAACAAGGGAAAUUCAAAGUAGACAUUAAAGUGUCAUGUGGUGAGCGCCUCCCAAGUCCUGCCUCUGCUGGCCUGCACAGACCAAAUCCUGACAACUGACCAAAGAGGCUCCAGCAUUUCUUCUGGGGACGCCUGUCAGCCCGAGCAGCCACUCUGGAGCCAUCAUCAGCACAGAAAAAGAAGAAGACGGUGAGCAGAGACAUUGGUCAAAUCAAGGGGGACGUCUCUUCAGGUAAGACACUUUCUGUCGUAACUUCUGAACUGUGACCAUGUACAGUUGGAGAUAACAGAGACUUAAAAAAAACAAAAAAACAGAUAUGACUUCUCUCAAACAGGACACCCGGUCAGACACCUAACAAAUGUGUAUCUUAUGUAUAAAAAAUAAAUAAAUUACUGCAGCAUCAAAGCAAAUAACGUGAUUCAUUCGAUGAAGAGUAACAAAUUGCUUUCAUACGUUACCACAAUUUACUGCAGCCCAUUUUUAGUCAAAUAAGAUAUUGUAACAAGAUCCUUUUAUUUUUUUAUUUCAGCAAAAACCACUACAUAAUUUAUGCUUCCCUGCAGCAGAUUCCACAGCGAGGCUCUGCCCACCGAGCGUUUUAAGACUCACAGACACUCGUCAUUUUAAUUAUAGAAACUUAAGUGAUACGUCGGGGUCAUAAGGUCCCUCGUCACGUUUUUCUUUUUUUUUUUUUCAAGUUCAGCAGAAAGAUCAGCUUUCAUGUUUCUCUCCAUCAGGCAAAUUCAGGAAGAUUUAAAUGGGACAGUGUCUCUGUGGUUUGCUGAUAAAGAGCUGAGGACACCUCCUUGUGUCCCUCCCUGCUUCCACUAUCAUUUUCUGACUCUCUUAAAAAGACACGCAGACAUUUAUCAGGCUGGACAGCUUUGAACCAUCAGCUGUUCUCUUCCUCUAAUGUGGGUGUAAAGAGUGUUUUGUUCUACUUGGAACAUAUGUUUUUGUUUGAAUGACUGAUUUGUCCAGACUAGAAGUGAGAAAAUGAAAUUGUUUAGUGAUAAAAUAUGGUCUUAAAAUUAAUUUACAACAGUGGAUUAAUUGGUAGAUGGUAGAUGAAGCUGGUUGUCAAGCAGAAAUAUGCCGGGUACGCUCUGGUUCCAGCCUCUUUGUUCUGAGGUGGAGGCUGUUCAUCGGGACGGAGCCAUGGAGCCACCGGAGUAUAAAAAUGGUCGCACCUUUGUGGAGGUGAUCAGCGAGAAGUACAGUCCAGAGAACUUCCCAUACCGCAGAGGACCCGGUAUGGGGGUGGUGGUUGUGCCCACCGUGGCUCCUCAAGGUUCCCCUAUGAAAGACCGUCUGAACCUGCCCAGUGUGCUGGUGUUGAACUGCUGUGGGAUCAGCAGGGCAGGAGACCAGGCUGAGAUCGCUGCUUUCUGUUCCCAUGUCAUGGAGCUGGACCUGUCCCAUAACAAGCUGCAGGACUGGCAUGAGAUCAGUAAAAUUGUGUCCAGCAUCCCAAACCUGGAGUUCCUGAACCUGAGCUCCAACCCUCUGGCGGGAAUGACCCUGGAGCCGCGGUGCGCCGAAGCCUUCUCCCGGGUCCGACGCCUCGUCCUCAACAACACUCAGGUGUCCUGGGACACUGUGCUGCUGCUCACUCGGGAGAUACCUGAGCUGGAGGAGUUGUUCCUGUGCCUUAAUGAGUACAGUAGUGUGAGUGCCUCCAGCGUGGCCUGCCCCACCCUGCGCCUGCUUCACAUCACCGACAACAGCCUCCAGGACUGGGCCGAAGUCCGCAAGUUUGGCCCCAUGUUCCCCAGCCUGGACACUCUGGUCAUGGCCAACAACAACUUGGCUUCCAUUCAGGACAACAAAGACAUCCUGAAACGGCUCUUCCCCAACCUCCGCAGCAUUAACCUGCAUAACUCAGGUCUAAACCGAUGGGAAGACAUCGAGAAGCUGAACUUCUUUCCCAAGUUGGAGGAGGUGCGACUGCAGGGCAUUCCCCUAUUGCAGACCUACACCAACGUGGAGCGACGCAGCCUCAUGAUAGCACAGCUUCCUGCAAUAUCACUGCUGAACGGCAGCGUUGUGUCUGAUAGUGAGAGAGAAGACGCAGAGAGGUUCUUCAUCCGUUACCACUUAGACUACCCUGAGGAGGAGCUGCCUUACAGAUAUCACAUCCUGGUAACCAAGUACGGGAAGCUGGAACCACUUGCCGAGAUUGACCUCCGACCCCGCUGCCGUGCCCAGGUGGAGGUUCACUGUGAAGAAAAAGUGGAACAGCUGAACAUCCGUUUGGACCAGACAGUAGCCGAGCUGAAGAAGCAGCUGACGACAGUGGUGCAGCUCUCCGCCAACAGCAUGAGGAUCUACUACAUCGACAAGUGUAGCGCCUUCGGUCCAGAGGAGAUGAAGUACAACACCCGGGCUCUCCACUCCUACAGCAUCCAAGACGGUGAUGAAAUACUGGUGGUACCCAAGGCCAAAUGAACAGCGGGUAUCAAACUGGCUGAUUAGAGUGACUCCUUGAUUGAUUGAUUCAUUGGAUUAUUUAUUUAUUGGUUAAAUGACAUUGCAAAAUUAUUGGAAAACGCAUACGGAACAGCAUCCGCGGCCCAGUUCUUGGAGUGGAGAAGUUAAAAGUGAGGUGAACACCAUCAGGGAGACAGUACAGUGGGCUGCUGGGAGGCUCUGGCUGGAGAAGCAGUCAGUCUGGAGAGUAUUGUGUCUUUAUUUAUUUCAGCUUUAUAUGAGGGCGUCCACCGGAGCAAAUGCACAAAUCUGUCACGGUGGAGAACAGGCCGAGAGAGCAACUCGCAGUCAGCUUGCAGCUUAAGUGGAGGGGAGGGCGCUGCUAUUACCAGCAAAGCUUUGCUGCAGAUCUAUCUCUUAGUACACGGCAUGUACCAUAGCACCUGCAUAGGCAAGUAUCCAACACCACUGGCUUGCCCACUUAUUGCAAAGGCUACCCCGAUUAGUGGUGAAGCAGUGCUGCUGGACGGAGAGGGACUGCUGUUCUCAUCUGCACUUUUACUGUAGGCAGAAUAUCAGGAAGAGCAGUGUCUGUUAAAGGAAACAUCCGGCCUAAAAUACUGCUAAAUGUAGAAGCUGGGGGGGGAACUAGCAGUUUUUGAGCCUAUUUUGUUGUGAGUUGGUGUUUUUCAAGUAUUUCUGUGGAUAAUUGGCAACAUUAGAAGAUGAUACGUCACAUUUAAAGUGUUUGGCACAAGGAGAAAGGGAUUCUUUCUAUACACAACAUCUCUUUUAAAUCUUAAUAGCAGUGGUUCUCAAACGUUUCCCCCCUUCAGAGGCUAAACAAUUUUUAUCAAUCAUUAACGAUCACCUCUUUUAGACAGAGAUCCUGGUAUAUUGUCGUUAAGAGCUCCCCUCGUUACACAGACUUUGCUUGUUUACACUGAAUCAAAGAAAGCCAUCAUAAGCCCCUGUGUGUGAUUUUAAAUAACGUGUAACACAGCGGCGUCAGCUCUCCCUUCUACACAGACGUCAAUUCAGCUCAGUGAAUACGCCACUACCGGUUUACAGGUGGAACACACACACACACACACACCCCCCCCCCCCCCCCCCCCCCCGAUAUUUAUUUCUAGUGAAAUAAAUAUAGCAUCAGCAAAAUACAUAAAUCAUAUUCGUUCAACUUAGUUUCACUCCAUAGUUUUCCCUGGUCAUCCACACAGCCUUUGUCGCCCCCACAGCUUGAGAGCCACAGCCUUAUAGACCCCCCACCCCACCCCCAUUAUGAAUAUGCAAAUAAUGUUCAUUAUAAACUGGAUACAAAAUGUCUCCAGUGUAUAUGAACUGGAGGCUUCAGGUUUCCACUUUACACUCGUAUAGGUUGCAUACUGGACCGUGAUUGGCCUCCAAGCUCGUUGUGAUGUCACAAAGUCAUCUCGUACGUACUCGUGUUAAACUGAGAUCUAAAGUGAGCUCAGAGAAAUUGUUGUUGCCCCUUCAGCUGUUGAAUAUGGAAACAGUUUUCCGGUGUCAAACUCUGCACAGUGAAGCUCAAACAUCUGAGUGAAGUAACAAUAAGUAAAACACAUUAUUGAGUCGAGCGAGACUUUAGAUAUAAAGGAAAAUGACACCACUUUAUGACAGAAUGGCUUGAGGAGUGCAGUGAUCAUUAACUGAAGAUAUCUAACACUAUAAAACAGGUUACCACACAGCAGCUGUUGUGUCAUGCUGUGUGCUGCCCCCUGCAGGUUUCAUCUGUGUCUUAGAUAAAGAUUAAGAAGUGACACACACACACACACACACACACACACACACAGGGUUCCUAAAAGACAAUCUCUAAAAGACAAUGCAUGUUUUGCAUAGGAGCAGUAUAAAUGCAUCAUGUCCACAUUUGAAAUAUUAUUGUUUAUAUUCGGACUUACUUCAGUUGAACACAUUCUGUGUGCAAGUUCUCCACUAACUUGUGUGUGUUUAUGGCCAUUUAAAUGAAAUAUGGAAACAACAUGGUUUCAGUAGUUCCCCUGGUUAUUGUUUCGGAUUAUUAUUGUGCAUUUUAAGAGGACAGCGUCCAGUUGUGCUUAAUUUUUUUCUUUCACAAGAAGUACCAUUGCUUAAUUUCUUUAAUUACUUACGUACGAUCUUGCUUUACGGACAUUUAAAUUCUUAUUUAUAAUUUUGUCAGUACAGUUUAUAAUCCAGAAUCAUACUUGAACAGAUGCUGAAUUCAUUUAUGUGCAUCUUUAAAGGGGCUUAAGACUCUAAACUUUUUUACACUUCUUGUAAAACUUGUUUUACAAGUAGUGGAGUAUCUUAUAAAAGAUACAGUUAUCUAUGCUACCCAGUUGCAUUAUGGGAAUGUAGGAACCAGUAGUUUUUUUAUUUGACCCAUACUAGAGACAAAAAGUGAGAAUAUCUUAGACUCUGCUGCUUAAACUUUGACCUUUGACCCCCAACAGUAUGGAAGUACAAUACUAAAUAGCUGGAGGGCCGAUUUAAACUGCACAUUAUUCUUCUAUUAAUCCUCCACAUUAGUGUUUUAUCUCCCACACAGAAGUGUAUUUUACAUUUCAGUCCAUUCUGCACAGAAAUACUCUCACCAAAGAUAGCUCAAGAGGAUAUUAUCGUUGUGAUGUGGAACGCAUACAGUAUGUAUUGAUUGUAAUAUGCAGCCUCCACCUUGUAUAAGAGGAGCAUUGAUGUUAGAUGUUUGGUGCUAUUGUUUUUUUUUUCCUAUAGCAAGCUACUUAGCAGAGUAAGGGACUCCUGACACAGUAUUACAGCUGAAGAAACAGCUGAUUUGCCAAGCCACAGAAUUAAGUGUUCACAUUUAGUGGCUGAUUGGAAACAAAUGUGUGUUUGAGCUGCAGCUUCAGUUCAUUCACUGUUGAUAGAAAACUCAGCUUAUUGUGCUUUGGCCUCUUUUUAACACUGUUGUUACCCUUCAAAAGUAUCAAUAUUUAAAGUAUUUAAAUGCCACAAUAUUUCCAACACUAUUAUUAUUUACUAGUGUUACACACUGCUCUACUUGAACAUUAAGGGAUGUGAUAUAAUUAGACUAGUAAGGAGUCAAUAUAAGGGUGUAGCAAUGAGGAGGUAGAAUAUUCAAACCUGUUUCCCCAGUUUAUCCCCAGUAGUGCUGAGUAAAUGUUAGUGUAGCAUGAACCACAGCCAUAGACACCAGCACAGAGAGGCAGCGGCGCAGUGCUGGGCACCGACAUCCGAGUCUGGACUGGAGUGUUGCGUUAUUGUGUCUGUGCUAAUCAGUGUGCGGUUUGUUUGAAGUGAGCACAUGCAGUAUGCAACCGUUUGCAGGGUGUGUGAUUUUAAUGGUAUGCAUGUUAUUUAUUGAUUUUAUGUGUUUGAGAGGAAAGCGGUCAUGCUGCCUGCUUAGACUUAUGGAAUAAUGCACUUGAUGGAACUUUUGUUUUACAUGAAGACAGAGGAAAAUAUUUUAAGUCUUGAUGUAAAUUUAUUGUUUACAUGUUGAAUUCAUCAAGAUUUUCUUUUCUUUUUUAGGAAUAUUAUGUCAUGAUGUUAUUUAUUGUGUCUCUUGCUUACUGCUACAAGCCAAAAAAUAUUGGCUAAGCCAUUUUACAGCCCUUAAAGCCCCUGAAAAUUUAAUUUCAGAUUUUAAGUAUUUCUCUGUAACAUUAAAAAUUGAUGAAUAAUAAAGCAACAAAGUUAAAGUUAGGGUUAAAAACAUCCGCAGUUAUUAUUUAUUAUGAGUUUAACAGCCCAAAACUCAGCUGAUCUGCUUCGUCUGGACUGUGCGAGUGUGGUUUCACAUCAGACUUGAUUGACAGUGGCAACAUAAAAAAAACCCAAAUGUCAUCACAUUAAAUUUAGUUCGAUCCAAAUAUGUGACAUCACCUUUUUCCUAGACUCACCCAGUCAAACCAAUGAGAAGAAAUCAGACAAAACAACAACCUCAUCACUCACAGUGAGAAAAUGAUUGAGAAAUAGGUUUUCAGGGCCUUUAAAGGGAAACUCCACCCUAACCCUUUAACAGCGACUGGCAAUGUACUUUUUGUUUCUUCCUUCUGUUGUGUUUUUAUUGGUUUCAAUACAGGUCAGAUAGACAACAGCAGAUCAUAUUCAGAUGUUCCCUGCUCAGCUAAACCGUCAGCAGUGAGCAUCAGGUUGAGUUUUAAAUGAAUCAAACUGUGAGGCCUUCGAGAGCCGCCUUUUAUCUAUCAGUUAACAAUCCUUCAGGGAGACUCACAUUUUGGACGCAGAGGUACAGAAGUAAUUCCACCAGCAGUAGCUUCAAUACACAAGGAUGCAGUUCAGAUUGAGUCAGAAGUGUCUGUCCCCUUGUGAAGAUUCUCAAUUUGCUGUCAUCACGACAAUCACUCAUUUUUUUCUUUUAAUUUAUACAUAAUAUAAAGAUGAAUAUCACAUUUAAAGGAAUACUUUGAAAUUUUGGAAAAUAAGCUUUUUUGGACAAGGGUUGGGAGAGAAGAUUGAUACCACUGUCAUAUUUUGCGGCCAAGUAUGAAGCUACAGCUAGGAGAUGGUUAGCUUAGCUUAUCUUAGCAUAAAGACUGAAAACAACUUGCUUGGCUCUGUCCAAAGGCAGCAAAAUAUGCUAAUGAACACGUUAUAUGUCAUUUAUUUAAUCUGUAUAAAAACUGCAGUUUAAAUUUGACAGUUUUACUCUGUGUGUUUCGGACAGAGCGGAGCUGUUUGAAGCUUUUGUGCUAAACUAAGAUAACCGGCUGCUGGCUCAUAUUUAGCAUACAGGAAAAGAGUGGUAUCAAUCUUUGUAUAUAACUCUCUUCCAGACAGUGAAUUAGUACUUUUAAAAAAGAGGGGAAAUCACUAAUUAAGUAGCCGAGGGUUGAUAACUGAGGGUUGAUUUUUCCUUUUAAAUUCAGUCAGGUAUAACCCGUCAUGUAAUUCUCUAAACCAGUGUAAUCUCUUCAUUUUAUAAGAAGCAACUGGAAAAAUGAGAAGCAGAAAAACAACCUCUCUAAUGGUGAUGAACUUACAUCAUACCUCUAAUGAAACAAUCUCUCUCUCUCUCUCACUCUGUUAGAAAAUUCAUACAUUGAAAAACUCCAUAUUUCCUAGUUUUUAUUUAAAUACUCAACACAUAACACCAGACAUCUGGCAGCUGUAGUACUGAACAUCCUGUUUGAAUGGAAACCUGUGAAUCUAAAUAGACACUGCUACUCUGGAUAUAUCCGUAAAUACACUGCUUGAGUUGUCAUCUGCCUCUAAAAGUAGUGCAUCAAGAGCUCAGGUGGAUCUUAGAAGGUUAUAUUUGUCUUUGAUUAUAGUGUUAUAGAUUUUGGUUGGACUAAAUGUGCAGGAUGCCCUAGGUUUCACCCCUGCUCAGACUUAUUCACCAGUAUUUAAGCUAAUUGGUUCACUCAACUAUAUGUAACAUUGGACUGUUCAUAAUCUGUGGCAUUUAAGGCAUAAUGUUUUUUUUGUAGUAACCUAUAUGAAGUAUUAAAAUGGAACGGAAUGAGUCAUCUUUCUUUUGUUAAUAUAUAUAUAGAGAAAGAUGCAUCACUGAAUGGUAAUAAAUGGCAGUCUCCCUC